AAGUUUUGUCAAUCAAGGUGUAGCUAGUAACAAAUCUCUCGGUUGCUUAGCUAAAACUGAUACUGCUUUCCACUCCGUGGCUCUAGAUUUGGAAAUAAAAACGUGGUGAUGUGACACAGCAAAUAAGAGGACGAGGAAGUUCCAGAUAUUUCGCAAAUAAUAUAUGAAAUGUGUAAAAUAGACGGGUUUAUUGCAGAGACAUUACUUUUACAGCAAGAUCAGCCAGGCAGGUAUUUCCUACAGGCGCGAGCGCACUGCCAUCAGGAAAGGUUAUCGUUAACCAAACGCUUUGCCAACUUCCAGUUCCACUGUCCAGUCUUUCGUUUUUAGGUAGCCUAGCUGGUUGAGCAACAACGAUGCAUGUGUUUGCGAGCACUGGUUCAUUUCAGUUUGUGAAUGGUUGAAUAGACUUGGGCUAUAAAGGAUGUCAUAUCCUAAAUCAAAGAAAGAUGACGGAGAAUCAUACCAGCUACACAACCUUAGCUAACUGAGAUAUUGGAUGGAGCCCAUCAAUUGUAUUCGUGGUGGUAUGACUUGCAAUACAUUUUGGCCAGCUAAUGUUAUGUAUUUUGAUUGCCAUAUAUAUCUGCACACCUGGUUCGUUUGACUAAUUGGGCCACCCCAAAUUCAUAGAAAAAAAGAUUAGGCUGGGUAAUUUCUGCAAGGUAGCUUAAUUAAACUUGAUGUGAUGUUAGUGUUAGGCUAUAAAUAGGCGGCUACCCCUACUCAUUUAAUUAUUUAGCGGGUUUUUUCACGCGCUAAAAUAGCAACGGUUGCAUAUUUCACUGCGGAUUAGCGUUACCCCACCUUUAACGUUUCUUUGGACUGACAUUGGUUUUUAUUUUUUUUAAUCUCCAGGUCAUCACAUGGGAGCGCCAUUGACUCAAUGCCAGCAUCAAACUGCAAGGACAGUGAUAGAAACGCGGAAAAUCUCGCUGAGCCGGGCUCAAUAAAAGUUUGUCAAUUGAGAGAAUAUACCGACCGACUACUUAGCCUAGGCUGUUGUUCAUGUCCGUGACAUUAUCCCCUGAUAACUGUCUGUAUGAGAACAUCGGAACGCCUCCGCUACAGCCGUUGCACCUGUCUGCACAGCAGCAAGCCUUCAUCGGAACCAUAGCCCACACACUCUACAGACAAGACACUUUUCAUAGGACAACCGACAAUAGGAGGAUUUGGAAUUGUAUUUAUUUACUUGAACACUUUCGGGCUGAAUGCAUCCCGGCGAAGCAUUGGUUAGGCUACAUCUUUGCUGACGAUUAAUUGAACAAGCAUGCCGAACUACAUGCGGUUACAACUGCCGGAAACAGUUUUUAAUGGAGUAAAUCACCAAUACGGAUCCAGGAUUCAACUAUGCCUGUAAGAAAAAAAGAUACAGCUAGGGCCCUAGGCCUUUUGGAAGACUACUGUGCUAAACUGAGGAAGCCAGAGGAACAACAGCUCAAAACUUCCAUUCAGAGAGUGAUGGGGGUCUUCAAAAGCAGCCUGUUCCAAGCACUGCUUGACAUCCAGGAGAUUUAUGAGGUGACGCUAUUGAACACCCAAAAGAGCUGCGAGCAGAAGCUGGAAGAGAUCAACCACAUGGCUGACAAGUGGGAGCAAACAGGCACCGGCUUCCCCACCACGGUGCUACAACAUUCCUGCCCAACAGAGAUGAGGGAGCGGAGCAGCUCGGAGCCCAGUAGGAAGGUGCAGACCGAGAUCAGUGUAAAAGUCUCUGAAAACAGGCCGGCUGCGGUGCAGGGGUCCCCACACACUGGCCAGCCCCCGGCAUGCAUGAACCCCAACUUGAUGAACGCUCCCUGGCAGUAUCGUUAUGAAGAUGAAGACUCUCCGCCUGAGCACGGGUUCCCGCGGCUGACCAACGAGGUGCGCGCCCCUGAGUUGGUGCACGUGUCGGAGAAGAACCUCUCAGAGAUUGAGAAUGUGCAUGGCUACGUGUCCCACUCCCAUAUCUCCCCGCUCAAGGCGAGUCCCGCCCCAAUAAUUGUCAACACGGAUACUCUGGAGUCUGUACCUUACGUGAACGGGACAGAAAUUGAAUAUGAGUUUGAAGAAAUCACGCUAGAGCGGGGGAACUCGGGGUUGGGCUUCAGCAUAGCUGGAGGGACAGAUAACCCCCAUGUCGGCGAUGACCCAGGGAUCUUCAUCACCAAGAUCAUCUCUGGUGGCGCGGCAGCAGAGGAUGGCAGGUUAAGAGUGAAUGACUGCAUCCUGCGGGUGAAUGAUGCCGACGUGUCCGAGGUGUCCCACAGUAAGGCUGUGGAGGCACUGAAGGUGGCCGGCUCCAUCGUCAGCCUCUACGUUCGCCGGAGGAGACCCAUGCUGGAAACUGUCAUUGAGAUCAAACUCAUCAAAGGACCAAAAGGGCUGGGCUUUAGCAUCGCAGGAGGGGUGGGCAACCAGCACAUCCCGGGGGACAACAGCAUCUAUGUAACUAAGAUCAUAGAUGGCGGUGCAGCACAGAAGGACCAGCGCUUGCAGGUUGGAGACAGGCUGCUUAUGGUGAACAACUACACUCUGGAAGAGGUCUCCCACGAGGAGGCAGUAGCCAUACUGAAGAACACGUCUGACGUUGUCUACCUGAAGGUGGGCAAGCCCACCAGUGUUUACUUAUCAGAUCCCUAUGGGCCACCUGAUAUCACGCACUCUUUCUCUCCAGCAAUGGAAAAUCAUAUCUCUUCCGUGGGAAACAACGGCACUCUGGAAUACAAGUGCAGUCUUUCCCCCAUGCCCAUCUCCCCCGGAAGGUACUCCCCCCUCCCAAACCAACUACUCGGGGAAGAGGACAUAAACAGGUUGGAUGGUUUUUCCUUCUUACGAAAUGCCUCAAUAGAUGACGGAGAGGGUCACAGGUUUGAUUCGCAGCACUUCCAGUUGAGGCCUCCUGAGCCAGUUUACAGCACUGUGAACAAACUGUGUGACAAAACACCUUCUCCCCGCUGCUAUUCCCCCAUGGAGUGUGACAAAAGCCUCCUCCACUCCAUACCCUUCCCUCACUAUCACUUAGGCCUGCUCCCUGACUCCGAGAUCACCAGGGAUCCCAGGAGGAUGGUCCUCCACAAGGGCUCCACAGGCCUGGGAUUCAACAUCGUGGGCGGGGAGGAUGGAGAGGGCAUCUUUGUCUCCUUCAUCCUGGCGGGAGGGCCCGCCGACCUAAGCGGAGAGCUGCGGAGGGGAGACCAGAUCCUGUCGGUUAAUGGCAUCGACCUACGCGGGGCCACCCACGAGCAAGCGGCUGCAGCACUAAAGGGGGCGGGCCAAACGGUCACCAUCAUUGCCCAGUACCGUCCCGAGGAACUUGCUUUGUGCUCCCCAAGCCGGGCCCCUUCGCCAGCACCAGAGUACGGGCGCUUCGAGGCCAAAAUCCAUGAUCUGCGGGAACAGAUGAUGAACCACAGCAUGAGCUCUGGGUCCGGAUCCCUCCGAACCAAUCAGAAACGCUCCCUUUACGUCAGAGCACAGUUUGACUAUGAGAAGGCCAAAGACAGUGGCCUCCCUAGCCAAGGCCUCAGCUUUAGAUACGGGGACAUCCUCCACGUCAUCAAUGCCUCAGACGAUGAAUGGUGGCAGGCCCGAAGGGUGACCCCCGAUGGGGACAGCGAGGAGAUGGGGGUCAUCCCCAGCAAGAGGAGGGUUGAGAGGAAAGAACGAGCACGUCUAAAGACAGUGAAGUUCAAUGCCAAACCUGGAAUGGAUUCAAAAGGGUCAUUCAAUGACAAGCGUAAAAAGAACAUCAUCUUUACACGAAAGUUCCCAUUCUACAAGAACGAGCUGGGUGAGCAGGAUGGCAGUGAUUCCGAACGGAGUCAAGAGGACAUGAUUCUCUCUUAUGAGCCUGUCAUUCGACAUGAGAUUAAUUACACCAGACCCGUCAUAAUCCUUGGACCGAUGAAGGACAGAAUCAACGACGACCUGAUAUCAGAAUACCCGGACAAAUUUGGCUCCUGCGUGCCGCCAGCUAACAGUUCAGGGCAUCGAGAUACCACUCGAUCAAGGAGGGACUACGAGGUCGAUGGGCGGGACUACCAUUUUGUAAUGUCCAGAGAGCAGAUGGAGCAGGACAUCCAAGAGCACAAGUUCAUUGAGGCGGGCCAAUACAACGACAAUCUAUACGGAACCAGUGUUCAGUCAGUCAAAUAUGUGGCUGAGAGGCAGGGUAAACACUGCAUACUUGAUGUGUCGGGGAAUGCCAUUAAACGACUACAAGUAGCACAACUCUAUCCCAUUGCCAUCUUUAUAAAGCCCAGAUCCAUCGAUUCAUUAAUGGAGAUGAAUAAGAGGCUAACGGAAGAGCAGGCCAGGAAGACAUUUGACCGGGCCAUGAAACUGGAGCAGGAGUUUGCCGAGUUUUUCACAGCCCUUGUUCAAGGGGACACCUUAGAGGAAAUGUAUAACCACUGCAAAAUGGUGGUAGAGGAGCAUUCAGGACCCUACAUUUGGAUCCCGUCAAAGGAGAAAUUAUGAGAACACACCACUUUGGCAGGGAGAUUGGACUGCUAGAAACAAAAUACUUUGUAACUUAUGAUCAAUUGUAAUGGCAAUUUAUAUUGUUCCUAAUUCUAGCCAAUUAAUAUGAUUUUUUUGUUUAUUGUUUAUUAUUUUUUUCACUUUCAAUAUGAAUGUUCCUGAAUGUACACCACAAAGUUCAAAAAAACAUUUUUGGCCUAAAAAAUGUUACUGUUUGUAUAUUUAAUGAUUUUUAUUUUUAAGAAAAUGUUAAGGAAAUUAAAUAAACAUGGGCAUGUGUUCACCUCGACUGCGUGGAAUUUCAAAUGAAUUUUAGAAGAUGGCAGAUACAAGUCAUUGCCACACCAACAAAGGAGGGGAAGGAAAUAAUAUCAGCUUCUUUUGCUUUUCUCCACCCAACAGCUAGCACUUUGUGUCCUCUGACGCUCACCUCACAUCAAUAGUUGACAUUUUGUGUGACUGGCAUCUAUGCACUCACAUGGCCCUUGGACACAGUUCAUCAUACUCCUGCUAUUUUUACAUUGUUAUUUUGUAUUCAUUUUAUUAUGUUGUGAAUCCAGAUUUGUUGGACAUUUUAAAUUUGAAUAAGAAUUUCAACUUUGUUUAUUUUGCGGAUUCUUUCAUUCAUUGUUGAGAUGCUUUGAGAGGGCACAACAGCACAGAAAAUAUUUAUUAUAAAGAUGUAUAACUUUGAUUAAACAUUUUAUUUGAAAAUGG